AUGUCGACGCCCACGACGGCCGUCGCUACGCUUCCUCGCUACCAUUCACACACACACUACCAUCACUCCGCGUAUCCGCACCAGCCUCACGCCGCCAACUCGCCCGUUGUCCACGGUCCCAACUAUCGCGGCCCAGUCGCCGCUACCGCUUCGAGCUCGCUUCUGCCGCCCGCGGCACCCUCGACCCCGUCGUCCUCGCGUCUCGUCACCACCCUUUACCCGCCUAUCGCCGCGGGCUCUGCUGCGGCGGAUGGCGUAGCCACGUCCCAAUCGUCAGCGCCCCGUCCCCCUCCCCACAACCACCACAACCACACCCGUGGCCAACCCGGCCAUCACCACCAUCAUCACCCGGACGCCGUCGACGAUCAGAACCCGCCCCCAGUGCCUCGCCACGGCGAGCCCUACACGGCCUCAGCCAUGGCGGGAGACCAGCCCUCAAGGAAGCGCCGCCGAUCCCGCGAGCCCGAUUGGAACAGUUUCUAUCGCAACGGUCUGCCUUCGGAGAUCAUCGUCAUUGACGACACCCCCGAGCCCGAGGCCAAUACCGGCCGCAAAAUCACAAAUGGCGCCGCCGCCACCACGACCACGACCACGACCACGACCACGACAACUGCCGUACCCGCCGCCGCCGUUCGAGAUGCUCUCCCCGCCCAGCCCCAGCCGGCAGCCAAGAAGAGGAGAAAGGACGACCGGUCGGACGCCAGCCGACCCUCCGCCUCCGGCUACCACGUACAGUAUAUCGGAUCGCACGCAAGCACGCCGCUGCAAAACACCACACCCAUCGGUUCGACCAUAUCAAGCGACCGCACCAACUCAGCGCUGCACACCACGGCACCCACGUCGCUUUCCUCCAAUAGUCAAUACGAUGAUGCCCAGGCCCCGCUCAAACGCAAGCGCAACACUCGGCAGGCUGCCAACGAGGCCAAGCGAAGAGACGUCGAUGGACUUGGUGACCCUUUCUUCACCUACAAACCACCGGCGUAUCCGCCGAAAAAAGCCUCCGAGGUCCAUGUUCGGGUCGUCCAUGACCGGCAUCACGAUAAAAACCAUAAAGUUGAUGAUGACGACGGUCACUACAUCGUCGUCCCGGACGCCGAUUUGACAGAAAAGUACCAAAUCACCCGUCUUCUUGGACAGGGAACUUUCGGCAAGGUUGUUCAAGCCCGUGAGCGGCGACGCAACAAGUCCGUUGCCGUCAAGAUCAUCCGAUCGGUUCAAAAGUACCGCGAUGCGUCCCGGAUUGAACUCCGAGUUCUGGCCACGUUAAAAGCAAACGACGAGGAUAACCGCAAUCGCUGCAUCCACCUUCGAGAUUGCUUCGAUUAUCGCGGGCACAUCUGCAUCGUCAUGGACCUGCUGGGCCAGAGCGUCUUUGACUUUCUCAAGGGCAAUGGUUUCGUGCCGUUUCCAAACAGCCAGAUCCAGAGUUUUGCUCGUCAACUCUUCACGAGCGUUGCCUUCCUGCACGAUUUGAACUUGAUCCAUACCGAUCUCAAACCCGAAAACAUCUUGUUGUGCGACAGCAGCUACCAGACGUUCACGUAUAACCGCAAGAUUCCAUCAUCGUCUACAACUAUAAACCGCCAGGCCACACAGCGCCGGGUGCUCCUGGACACGGAAAUCAGACUGAUUGACUUUGGUUCGGCCACUUUCCAGGACGAAUACCACAGCUCGGUCGUGUCCACGCGCCACUACCGGGCCCCCGAGAUCAUUCUUGGGCUGGGCUGGUCCUAUCCUUGCGAUAUUUGGAGCAUCGGCUGCAUCCUGGUCGAGUUCUUCACCGGGGAUGCUCUAUUUCAAACGCACGACAACUUGGAGCACCUCGCUAUGAUGGAGGCUGUUGUCGGCCGUAGGAUCGACUCCCACCUUGUUCAGGCAGUCAACAAGAUGUCGACCCGGAGUGGCGGGAACCCCGCAUCCAAGUAUUUCAAGCGACUCAAGCUCGAUUAUCCGACGCCGGAUACGACUCGUGGCUCUCGGCGAUUUGUCAAGGCCAUGAAGCAGCUACACGAUAUUAUCCCUUCGAACACGACGUUCCUUAAAAAUUUCCUUGAUUUGUUGGGGAAGAUUUUCGUUUACGAUCCUGCUCAACGCAUCACCGCCAAGGAGGCGCUCAAUCAUCCAUGGUUCAAGGAGAUGGCCCACCCCGACGACGGAACUGAGGCGGCCAAGAUUAGGCUUGAGAGGAAGCGCGCCGCCGAGCACGAACACCUGCGACACCCCCAGUACGUUGGCUGA